AUGCGAUUUUCGUACAUUUCUAGUACUUUUGAAGACUAUUUACAUAUAUUGAAGACUAAAAUCAACCAAGCCAAGGACCAUGUGAGAGUUGGAGAAGUUGGCGGUAACACGUUAGGUUUUUACGGCGGAAUGUUUUCACCUGACGGCCUGAAAAUCAUAGCUCAUGGCUAUCAAGGCGCUUUUCAUCAUUGGUCUUUAAAUCAGAUAACCAAUCAAUGGAAUCCGUCUGUCACUGGUGGCGGUCAUUUUGAGAGUGUUGAAGAUAUAGAUUGGGAUCGUAGUGAAGGAGAGUUUCUGUUGUCAACCAGUGCUGAUCAAACCACCAGACUACAUGCUCCUUGGGUCCAUAGCAACAGACCGGCGGCUCUUUCUGAAUAUAAUAGAAACGGUCAGUUAAAACACAUGGUAACCAGGAUUCGACGUGAUGCUCAAACUUUCGAUAGGUGGGUGAUCUUCAGUAACACUUAUCAAUUCAGACAUCAGUAA